GGUCCCCAGUCACAAGGCUUCAAAUAUCGCCGUUUGCUCCGAUCGCACGUUAAAGCACCACAACCGAAGAUGCUACAUGAAGAUCAGAAAUUAAUAAUUCAUUCGUAAAGAAAGAAUAGGCGCCGUUAGAAAGUAUUCUUAUUUGCGGCUAUAUAACAAAAAACAUUGACAAAAACAAGAUUAGUAUUUCAUUUAAAUAGGAUCGUUAAGUACAUCACAAUAGGGUAUUAUUAUUUUUAACAACUGCACAGCAGUUUAAAAAGUACUUUUAACUUUUAGAGAUGUUCAGGAAAGAUCCAGAAAAAUCUCAUUUGGUUUCCGAGAAAGAAGCUAAUAUGUACACCAUCUCUAUGGGAAGCGUGCCAAGUGAGGAGACACGGCAGAAGGACAGUACCGCCAGCCACUGCCAUGACAACAGCCGCGCGCUGGACGACAGAGAACGGGAGAAGCAGCAGGCGAGGAGGAGGCUUUACCUGGUUUCCAUCAUCUGCCUGCUCUUCAUGAUCGGCGAAAUCCUGGGUGGCUACUUUGCUGGUAGCCUGGCAGUGAUGACAGACGCGGCCCACUUGAUGGUGGACUUCACAAGCUUCCUCAUCAGCCUGUGCUCCCUCUGGCUCUCCUCCAGACCCCCCACAUACGCACUAAGCUACGGCUGGCACCGGGCAGAAAUCUUGGGCGCUCUGCUGUCAGUGUUCACAAUUUGGCUGGUGACGGGGGUCCUGGUGUAUCUGGCGGUCCGACGGCUCAUCGACGACGACUACAUGAUCGAGGGCACCGUCAUGCUGAUCACUUCCAGCUGUGCUGUCAUCGCCAACAUCAUAAUGGCCGUCACCCUGCACCAGUCUGGACACGGACACAGUCAUGGGGGCGCCGGCUCCCACGGGCACGGACAUGGAAAAUCAGGCACGGGGGGGCAGCCACAGGCAAACGCCAGCGUGCGGGCGGCCUUCGUGCACGUGGUGGGGGACCUGCUACAGAGCAUCAGCGUUCUGAUCAGCGCCAUCAUCAUCUUCUUCAAGCCGGAGUACAAGAUGGCCGACCCCAUAUGCACAUUCCUCUUCUCCAUUUUCGUCCUGGGCACCACCAUCACCAUUAUGAAAGACAUCCUGGUGGUUCUCAUGGAAGGUGCCCCAGGUGGGGUGAAGUACAGUGAGAUCCGGGACAAGAUCCUGUCUGUGAAGGGAGUGUCAGCGCUGCACGACCUGCACCUCUGGGCCCUCACCAUGAACCAAGCGGUCCUGUCCGCUCACGUGGCAUUAGAGGACACGGCGGAGCCACAGCCGGUGCUUAAGGAGAUCAAUCAGGUUUGCUUCACUACCUACAGCUUCCACUCCGUCACCAUUCAGCUGGAGAAGCAGUCUGACCAGAAGCAGGGGUGUGGCUUGUGUCUGACCCCCCAAACACUAGCCCCUCCCCCCCCCCCGACGGAAGGACACUCCUGCUGACCCUGGCAGCAAGGCGGAGCUGGCGGGCAAAGGAACUGCCAAUCACUACUGGGGGCAUCCUGGGAUUCUAUAGGAUUCCCCUCAAUAAACAGCUGUAGGUUGUAGGUAGUUUAUUGUCUGGGGCCAGGAUUUAGCAUAGAGAGUCAACUCCUUAUAUCCCUUUGUGCAUAUUUACCAGGACAAUACCCCCCAGCUCUGAAAGCAACAUACAGACAAACUCAAACCGUACUGUUAUGACUGGAGUUUUAUCAUAAAGUACGUAACACUUUACUUGAGGAAACACAAAUACUUAGUAAAAACUCAGUUAUCAACUCAGUAGAAAGUGUGAACAAGUCAUGAACAAAUAUAGUUACUACUUAAGAUGAAAGAUAUGUUAUGAUUCAUUAAUGAUUAACAAACAUCAGAUCGGUAUUUCACUUGUGUCAAUCAUUACUUGUUUCUUCAGUAGUUUCUUAGUUCCUUUAGUAUUAUUUACAUAAUAAACAUAGUGACAAAUAUGGUACUUGCUUGACAUGAAAGAUGGUGUUAUGAUUCAUUAAAGGUGAACAAAUAUGAGAUCAGUUUGUAACUAAACACUUAAUUUGUGUUGAUUAUUACAUAGGUAAUAGCAUAAUACUACAUUGUUUGUGUCCCCUCAAGUAAAGUUGUAAGUUUAAUGUAUUAUAUUUUUUUUUCUCACAAUAUUUUAAUGAGAAAAUGGACCAGAUAUUUUUUAAAUGUUCGAAAAGAAAUCGAUUUAGCAUUUUUUUAAUUAAUGUUUGCUACUGGAACAGACAAUGACAGACACUGCCUUGUGCCUCCUGGCAGCUGUAUUUGUAUGGAAGUUACUUAUUUUUCUCAUGUCACACAGGUUCCCUCGUGCAGACCAAAGACAUGUGGUUAGGCUAACUAUAGCAUCUGUGCGAUUGUGCAUAUAUGUGCCAUGAAUCGGGCUGCCAUCCCACCCAGAGUGCACUCCAGCCUUGUGCCCUAUAUAAACAAACAACUGUCAUUCUCCAAAGCAGUUAUUUGUGCAAUGUUUUAAUGAGAAAAACAGUGCAAUUGCUCACUGUUAACCAGUAAGUCACAAAGUGGCUGUACUGCAUUUUUAUUUUAACUGUACUUAGUGUUUGUAAUAUUUCUAUAGGCUGGGUAAAUAAAAUGGUGUGUUUUUUUUUGCUAUGACUGUCUGAGAAUAAACAUGGUAGGCAAACAAUGUCAGUGGUCUCUCUAAGUAACUUCUCACCACCCCCAUUCCACUGGGGAUGGGGGGGUGGGGGGUGGAGGGUGGUGGCAGAAUGUGCUUCUUUUUGCCCCAUGAAAUAUGUGCUCCGGAAUUAUUACCGUUUACACUUUGAGCCUGUGACUUUUUCUUGAUGCCUCUAUUUAAAUUGUAUUUUGACUCGUACUUUUGGAAUGACUAGCAGCAACACCGCAGAACCUGCACACAUGCUUUUCCCAUGUUAGGCAGAGAAACAGGAUACUAAUCUCUUAAGAGUAACACCAGUCUGGCAAAUAAACCGAAUUCUGCAUUAUGUAUGAGUCAGCCAAAAACUUGGCAUUUGUAUGUAUGGGAUAUUCUAAACCUUUUAUAUUCUAACUUUUCCUGGAGCUGUAAGCCAGCUUCCAAACAGGCAUAUUCCUCUUUCCAUGAGUCCUGCACUACUCUUAUAUUGUGUUUCAGAAUUCAAG